AUGGCAUCAUCAAAUACGCAAAACGUAAUUCGUGAUGAUGAUAUUGACAAUGAUGUCCUUAUAGAAGAAGUGGAAAAGAGACCAGCUCUUUAUGACAAAAAGUUGAAAGAGUAUUCAGAUAUUAAUUUCAAAAUUAAGGCAUGGGAAGAAAUAAGUAGAAUAAUAUUUUCUAUCCUUGGAGUAACUUGUCGCAACAAGAAAAAACAGAAGCUGGUAAACUUGUACAGAAAAGGUGGAAAAAUUUAA